AUGAGCCUCAAUUAUAAAAAUAGCACCGAAGCUUUUUCACAGUAUCUCCAGUCAAUGGUAAAAUUAGAGGAACUUCAGAAAAUGACUGAUGAUUUAGACAAAGAACUCGAAGACUCACAACGGGUAAUGGCUGAAAUGAAAACAAUGUUUGAUAGUAUACCAAACACACAGAGUAAUAUGUCCGAUCAGAAUAGUGGGUUGAGACACGAAGAUCUAUCCCAGUUUUUGCUAGCAAACGUUCCUAAACUGCUUAUGCCGGACAUGCCGGAAAAUACCGUGGAUGUCGAUCUUGAUAACGUUAUCGCUAUGAUGAAAUGUUACGCCGAAGAUUUACGCAAAAACUUUGUAGUUCCACAGCCACAAAAGGAACAGCCUCACGUUAAGAUUGAAAACAUAAACCUGGAACCAUACGCAACAAGUCUCGACCAUCUUGUGAAUCGUUUGGCAAAAAUUAAGCUGAAUAAGAAUAUUGCAAAUAAUAAGAAUAUGGAGCUGGAGGCUAAGUUGACACAGUUGUGUGAUGAUGUCAAUAUGUUCACUCAGAUGGUCCAAGCCAAAACUAAACUGGGAGAGGUCAAUAAGAACUGGACACCAGCAGAGCAGAACACUACCGCUCUUCAAUAUGAUGAUCUGAUCAAUAAACUAUUAAUGGGUAUCAAUGAGGUCACUUAUUUACUUAAAAACAAAAAUUAA